GAUGCUCAGAAGUCCAGAAGUCCAUGUGUAACACAAAACUCUGUAUCUCCUUUCCUCUCUGCGGUGUAACCAUCCCUGUGCUCGCCAACGAUGUAGCCGUCGCCAUCCCCGUGCUGGCCUGCGAUCUAGCCGUCAUCAUCCUCGUUCUCGCUAGCGAUGUUGUCACCAUCGCUAGUGUUGAUGUUAAGAUCUAACCCUAGCUCUGAAUCAGAGAAGUCUUUGUGGAUCUUUCUCAAUUCCGAGCGUGAAGAGCACCAGGUACUAGGAACCAGACAAAAGGCGAUGAAGAGCUUACAGUUCCAAUCUAUUGGUCAGAACCAUCUAAAGCCUUAGAGGAGCUAAUGGAAAGACUAGUGAGCAAUAGAAGUCGUUGAUACCUCACCUCAGGUCUAUACUCUCUAACAACUAGGCAUGUGACUUUCCCUUAGGAAAAGUGAAAGGAAAUAAAAAGCCCUAAACUCAAUACCACUAGGCAUGUGCGUAAGUGUGUGAAUAGACUUUAAUUUUUUAAUCAAUUUACUAAUUUAUUCUUUUUUUGAGGGGACAACAAGGCGUAGGACUUUAACGCCUUGGGACUGCAUACAAGCUUUGAUGGGAAAUGCUAAAUGCACUCUUCACAAACACAAGGAGCAUGUUUUAACUUGGGAAUUGCAAACAUUCUCCAACCAACUAAGCAAGUUUAGAAAGCUGCCCGAGCCAACUCCUUGUUAAAGGCCACCAAUAAAGAGGGAAUGAAGAAGCUAGAUGACACCUUGGGGCUUGGGGCGAGAUCAGGAGCUAAAGUAAGAAGAGUCCCUUGAUCAUUUGCUUGAAGCAGCUUUGUAGAGAGUGAACCACAAGGCAGUGAUGGCUAGUGACUUUGCAACUGCACAGUUCUACUUUCUAGAGAGGCUUCUUGUUGUGCAUGGUCAUUGGUGCUACAAGCGCAUUGCUCAAAUGUGACGACGAAGCAGAGAUGAAGAAAUGUGCUCUUCAUCUGUUAGUUUUAUCACAUUCCUGUUACCAGGAAUUGUUUCAGCACCAUGUACAAGCUAGGGAAGGGUACGUUGGCACCCCAUGCUGGUGUUUGAGUCUUGCUGAAUCACCAUCGCCAGUGAGUUUCUUCGCCCGCUCGUUUCUCGAAACCUGAAUCGCAGGUCAUAUUUCAUCUGGGUUCUAGUUCCUAACAAGAAAACCUUUUCUCUUUCUUUAUUUGUGUAGAUAUUAGCCGUUAGUUUUCAGUUGUGGUUUUAAUAGUUUGAAUUCUUCAAUAAAAAUUUCAGAUUUUUUUGUUUAAAACAUGUUCUUGUGUAUGCCAGUUUGUCAAAUUCAGCAUGGGAGUAGUUCUAACCCAAACAUAUGCAUGAUAAUUGUGAAUGAAACCAAGAAGUUCAU